AUGGCAAACACAAGUUCCCUGAACCUCCUUAACGACACCUUCAACCUUGGCAGCGCCAGAAAGAUUGACCUUCUUUCUAGCAAUAUCAACCACAUCAGUCAUGGUUAUGCUGCCGUGCUAUACAUUGUCGUAGUGAAACUAACUACACUAACAUGUAGUGAAACACUUUCCAACUGCUGCGGACACUUUGGCCAGUACAAGCUCGCACUGCCAGUGUUCCACUUGGGGUUCUUCAGGCAGACAUACACCAUCUGCCAAUCAAUCUGCAAACACUGCUCACGUGUCCUAAUUGAUCCCUUGAAAAAACUAAAAUAUCUCCAAACCAUAAAAACAGUCUCCGAUUUGGGACAGAAGCGCCUGUUUACAAAAUUCACAAAAGAAUGCAAGAAGAUCUCCACCUGUUUCUACUGUAGGAAACACAAUGGGAAGGUCAGAAAGGCCCCUGGUCUGAAAAUAUUUCUAGAAGCGUCUGACAUGAAAGAGGACUUGAAUCCGUUAAAGAGUUUGAACUUUUUUAGAUGUAUUCCUAAGGAUGAGUAUGUUCUCCUGGGGAUCUAUCAAUCACCAGCGGAUAUAAUAAGUCAGAAAUUAGUGAUUCCCCCCGCACCAAUUCGGCCGAGUGUGGCUAUGGAACAAGAGGGAGGGUCAAAUGAGGAUGACUUAACUAUUAAAAUCAGAGAGAUAAUUCAUUGCAACCAAAUCCUAGUCAACUCUAUCCAGAGAGGCAAUCCAUACUCAGUGAUCCUGGAGGAUUGGGAUUUUAUACAGAACCAGUAUGCACAGCUGAUAUCCCCCUAUGGCACGGGAAAACAACUCAAGGGGCUUUUGCAGAGACUGAAAGGCAAACAUGGUAGGUUCAGGGGCAAUUUAAAUGGCAAGAGGGUGGAUUUUAGUUCUAGGACUGGGAUUUCCCCAGAUCCCAAUUUAGGGGUAGAUGAAGUUGGAGUAUCCAGACACAUAGCUAAGAUCCUGACUAUUCCCGAGAGGGUAGCUGGCUUCAAUAUUGAAAGGCUUAGAAAGCUGAUCAGAAAUGGAGUAAAUUAUCCCGGAGCAAAUUAUGUUAUAAAGCCUUGUUAUAGCACUGCAGAUCAGCUAACAGUCGAUGACAGCUUGGGAGAAUUGACAGUGGAACAGUCAACGGCAAAUGAGAGCUUACAAGGGCUGGCUAAUGAUGUACUAAAAGAAGUAGCAAGCAGCGCCUUAAAAGAAGCAACGAAUAAUAACCUAACAGCAGGUCAAUUGGCAGACGGCAAAUUAGAAGAGGGGCAAUUAGCGAAUAGGAAACAAGAAAAACACGUCAGAAGGAAAGAACGAAAAAGGGGACAGGAAAUAAAAAUGUUCUUAAAAUACUGUAACAGAACACAAACGUCAAAAUACUUAAGAAUUGGAGACAUAGUUGAACGACACCUACAAGACGGUGACAUUGUCCUUUUCAAUCGUCAACCAAGUAUCCAUCGAAUGAGCAUCAUGGCACACAGAGCAAAGGUCUAUUCAGAAAAAAAAACUUUUAAGUUCAACGAGUGUUGCUGUACGCCCAACAAUGCAGACUUUGACGGGGACGAAAUGAAUGUCCACGUGCUGCAAACGUACGAAUCUAGAGCUGAAGCCAUAGAGUUGAUGUGUGUCAAAUCUAAUUUAGUCAAUCCAAAAAACGGAGAGCCGCUCAUUGCAGCCAUCCAGGAUUUUGUAACAGCCUCUUAUUUAUUAACAUCCAGAAACACUUUCUUUAGUUACGAAACUUUUAGUCAAUACGCGUCCGAUCUGGAAAUAAAAAUUGAGGCAAAGCCUUUAAUAGAAGCUUUGCUAAAAGAGGUAGUUGAGGUGGGAUAUGAAAGUGGAGUAGGAUCUGGUGCAUGCAUAAACAGUGCUAAUACAGAAGCGGUGACACUGAUUAGCAAGAAUCGAUCCUAUAAACAAGACUGGAACAUAAACCAUGGAUAUGUAGUUGUAAUACAGAACAAAUACUUCAUUGGGAGGUUAGAUAAGUCAGUAAUCGGCACGGAAAACAAGGAAACGAGUCUAUUGUAUCGACUUAUAAAGAAAAACAUGACCAGUGCACUUAAUUUCCUUAAUAAAUUAUCAAGGCUCAGUUCAAGAUACUUAUGUGAUUCGGGAUUUUCAAUUGGGCUGGGGGAUGUAAACAUGAAGAAAGAGGAUUACAAGUCGAAAAAACUGGAAUUGGAGUCAGGCUGCAAAUUGGAAGAAAUGCAUGAAAGCAACAUAAGCUCAACAUUACAUAAAAUAAGAGAAAGCUGUGGAAAUCUGUGUUUAAAUGAACUGAGCAUCAAUAACAGUCCAAUUAUAAUGCAGAGCUGUGGGUCCAAAGGGUCCAAAAUCAAUGUUUCACAAAUGGUUGCCUGCGUAGGGCAGCAAAUCAUUUCUGGAAAACGAGUUCCAAAUGGAUUUUGUAGAAGAACUCUGCCUCAUUUCGCUGUCGAUUCUAAGUUUCCUAGGGAUAAGGGUUUUGUUGCGUCGUCUUUUAAAUGUGAACUGUCAUCUACUGAGUUUUUUUUUCAUGCCAUAAGUGGAAGAGAGGGUUUAUUCGAUACAGCAGUUAAGACUGCGGAGACAGGAUAUAUGCAAAGGAGACUCAUGAAGGCUCUAGAAGAUUUGAGUGUAAUGUAUGUUUAUACUGUGAGAGGGUCUGAUAAGAGCAUAGUACAGUAUGUUUACGGAGAGAAGUGUGUUGAUCUUUGCUUAGUUGAGUGGGAAGAUAAUAUUAGAAGGGACGUUGUUUGUGAGGAACUGCUAGCUCUAAGAGACAUUUUCAGCACUCACAAAGAAAAGAUCAAGUCUGCCUUAAUGUCUACUUACAAGUCGAAAUUAAAUACAUUGAAAAUUGAGCCUGGUUCAGCGGUCGGAGCUUUGGCUGGUCAAAGCAUCGGGGAGCCUGGAACUCAGAUGACCUUGAAGACGUUUCACUUUGCUGGUGUUGCCAGUAUGAACAUUACCCUUGGAGUGCCAAGACGAAAGGAAAUUAUAAAUGCGGUUAAGAACAUAAAUACACCCAUAAUUAAGACAAAUUUUGUUAAGAAUUGGUGCUUGCAGGAAGCCAAAAGGGUCAAAGGUAGAAUAGACAAGAUUUAUUUGAAAGACAUUGUGUCUUCGAUGACAGAGAUUUAUACACAGAAGGAAUUGUUUUUAGAGGUAGAGAUUUGCUCAGAAACAAUUUCCAGUCUAAAGCUGGAGAUAAAUUUGGAACAAAUAAAACGAAAAAUAAACUGUGAGUCAUUCAUAGACAACAACAAAAUUACCUUUUAUUUAAAGAAGGAGGAAGGAAAGAAUCUCAGAAACAUUGUGGUCAGUAAAAUAAAGAGUGUUGAAAGGGUCAUUUUAGUCAAGGAAAAGGACUACAAAUUAUUUGUAGAGGGAACGGGUCUAAAACAAAUAUUUGGAGUUGAGGGUGUCGACUACAGAAGAACAGUUACGAACAACAUAAUGGAAAUGGAAAGACUCCUCGGAAUAGAAGCUGCAAGAGAAGCGAUAAUCAGAGAGAUGCAGUACACAAUCUCUAGCCAUGAAAUAAAAAUUGAUCCAAGACAUCUGAUGCUACUUGCUGAUGCAAUGGUUUGCAAGGGGGAGGUGCUUGGAAUAACGAGGUUUGGAAUCAGUAAAAUGAAGUUCAGUACAUUGAUACUUGCAUCCUUUGAGCAAACAGGAGAUCAUCUAUUUGAAGCAGCCAUAAGAAAUCGGAAAGACGCUAUUAAGGGAGUGAGCGAGUCUAUCAUAAUAGGUGCUCCUAUUUCUAUGGGAACGGGAAGCGUUGAACAAUUCUACAAGGAGGAACAAAAAAAUCGAAGGGCCCCACAGUUGCAUAAAAUGAAAAUCCUCAACGUUGCUGAAAAACCAUCUGUUGCAAAAUCAAUAAGCUACAUUCUAAACGCCAACUACCAACUGGUUCGCAGCAACUACAAAGAAGCAGACUUCGUUUUCACAAGCGUACUUGGUCACCUGUAUACAACAGAUUUCCUGAGCAAGCAACGGUGGGAAGAAGUAGACCCGGAGCUGUUAUUUGAGGAGAAAAUAGUUAAGUUUGUCAAGGAGGAUUUUUUAAAACUGAAAGAAAAUACUGAAAGAAACGUUUCACUGGCCGGGCUACUUAUAAUCUGGACUGCUUGUGAUAGGGAAGGGGAAAACAUAGCGAAGCAGAUUGCCAAGGUAGCACUUUCUGUCAAAAAUAUUGAAAUUAAAAGAGCGAGAUUGUUCGGUAUAAAUAAAAGGGAAAUAGAUGAAGCUUUGUCCAGCUUGGUGGACAUGAACGAGUUAGAGGCAGAUGCAGUGGAUGUGAAGAUGGAGCUGGACUUGAAAAUUGGAUCUACCUUUACUAGGUUGCAAACACUCAGCCUGAAGAGAGAGGUUUCCCUGCCAGUUAAAGUUGUAAGCUACGGAUCGUGUCAAACUCCAACUUUGGGUUUUGUUGUCGAUAGGUCUAAGUACCCUGCAGUGGUCGUCUGCAGAGAGGACAGGCCUGUUGAGAAGUUCCGACCUCUUCCUCUCUGGACAGAUGAGCUUCAGAAGACCUAUGCCUCGUAUUUUAAGAUGAGCGCACAUAGAUUGAUGGAGAUAGCUGAGCCUUUUAGUACUAUCAGCUACCCAAGGAAGGAGACGGACAGCUUUUCUAAGACUUUCAAGUUCAAGUCGAUUCUGAACGAACUAGAAAAAGAUGAAAAGGUUGGCGAAUAUGCUUCAGCCCUAACGAACAGCUUUAAGUAUCCAAGAAGUGGUAAAAACAACGAUAUGGCUCAUCUACCGAUAUAUCUUUUGAAAAACGGCAACAGCCUGUCGGGAGAUAACAGAAAAUUAUUUGAGUUCGUCUCCAGAAUAUAUUUGGCCUGUAUAAGUGACAAUGCCAGGGGAAUUGAAACGAAGGUUGUCCUGAAAAUUAGAGCAGAGUCAUUUAUCCUAACUGGGUUGAGAAAAAUCGAUAAAAACUACUUAGAGGUUUAUUUCUACGACAAAUGGGAGAACAAGGCUGUCAGCGACUUCCAGCUGAACGAGACAUUCAAAACCUACGAGUUAAAAAUCGUUGAUGGGACCACGACGCCGCCUGAUUAUUUGACAGAAGCAGAGUUGAUCGCUCUGAUGGACAAAAAUGGGAUAGGCACUGAUGCAACGUUACACGAGCAUAUUCAGAAGAUACAGGAUAGGAACUAUGUAAAUAAAUACAACUCCAAGAUUGUCCCAUUGCCACUUGGCAGGGCUCUGAUCAAGGGCUAUGAAGUGUAUGGUUUGGAGUUUAGCAAACCAAGGCUCAGAUCAGAACUGGAAAUGAGUCUGAAGAAAAUAGAGAAGGAGGAGGUUAGGAAGGAGGAGGUUGUUGAACAACAGGUAGAGGUGUAUAGGGAUAUUUUUAGGGUUAUGAAGGGCAGAAUCAAAGACUUUACAGAUAUUUUCAGGGACCUUGGCAGUGACGCGCGACCCGAUAGAGGUCGAAAGCUGUUGAUAGUUCCCAAACGUCAAAGAGAAGCAGUGAUUUUUCACAACCAGAGUGGUCUUCCAGCAAGCAGGAUCUCAAAGCUCACCAAAACCCCUGGAUCUACUGCCUACAGCAUUAUUUGGCGAUACAAUGGGCUUGGGUCAGCAGCAGAUCGCCAAAUAAGGAAAUUCUACUGCACCUGCGUCUUGCUGGUGGCUGUGGAGGUGGUGCUCAACAUCUUCACCUCGUACUUGUAUCACCUGAGUGACGUCCGGCCACUCCCCAAAGCGCUACAGAGUCUGUGCCGCGUCUUGGCUCGCUUGACCUGCAUGGCAGAGCCCCACUUCAGCCCAUCUCCACUAACACAGGCUGGGGAGAAAAUAGAUGGGAAUGAAAGGAAUGGAGUAGACUUGCGACGACAUUCCUGGAAUACGGCGGUUGAAUCUCUUCGGAUGGAGUCUGUUAAA